AUUGAAAACACUUCUUGCGAUGUGAAUGGGAGGUUCAGUGCGGCAAAAUCUGUUAUAUUAUGUGUGCAACAGUGACAAAAUGACUGAGACAAAUCCGUUUUAGCCAUUCAAUUUGUGACCUAAUAUGUUUUAUAAGACUGGUGCUAAUAAUAAAAUACGAAGAGGAAAUAUGAAGACAAUAUGAGUUAUAGAAAUACUGCAUUUUGCCAAAAACAAAACAUUGGGGCACAAGGUAGUGCGGGCAUGUAAUACCAUGAAAAGCGGCCGUAGUCAGAUCUGGGGCCGGCAAAAAAGUUUUUCCUGGUUUCGGGGCAUAAUUGUAGCAUCAAUAGUGUUUUUCAUAUGGCUGGAAUUAAACUUCCUCACUUAUGGAAAUUCCGUGUCGAAUUUUCAAGACUUGAACGAUUCGAAUGCAGCGAUUUUCAGCAUGGUGCCGGCGGUGUUUCACAAAUUUUUAACGCCCAGGCCUAAGAACAACGCGACGACCACCGUUAACGGUAGCUUAAACAGCGAAAACACCAAAUCGGGAGUGCCUAAUAUUACCGAAAUAAAAAAAAAUUUAAAUCAAUACAAUCAACAACAAAUUGUCUACAACGAGGACACUUUCGGACCUCUGCAAAACGAUUCUGUCGUCAUUGUGAUACAGAUCCACGACCGGAUCACUUAUCUGCGGCAUUUAAUAGUUAGCCUCGCUCAAGCACGCGACAUCUCUCAAGCCCUCUUAGUAUUUUCUCAUGAUUUUUACGAUGAGGAAAUAAACGCCUUAAUACAGAGCAUAGAUUUUUGCAAAGUGAUCCAAAUUUUCUAUCCGUACUCGAUUCAAACUCAUCCGCGCGAAUUUCCGGGUGAAGAUCCGAACGAUUGUCCGAGAAAUAUGAAGAAGGAACAGGCUAUGAACACUGAGUGCAAUAACGCUCUAUAUCCCGAUCUGUACGGGCAUUAUAGGGAGGCUAAGUUCACGCAAACCAAGCACCAUUGGUGGUGGAAAUCGAACAGGGUGUUUAGUCAAUUGGAGGUGACUAGAAACCACAGUGGUUUAGUGGUCUUUCUCGAGGAAGAUCACUAUGUAGCUGAGGAUUUCAUAUACGUACUGAAAUUGAUGGAUAAAACCUGUAAGGACUCGUGUAGACACUGUAAUGUAUUAUCAUUGGGAACCUACUUGAAGACGUAUAACUACUAUGAAGAUGCCAAAAAGAAAGACGUUUUAAGGGCCCUAAAACAUAAGUCUCUUAUUAACGGGGCCCAGAUACAACCAUCAUGGACUUUUCAAGUGUUACCAUCAUUAUACCAACAUUCGCAAAAGGUGGAAAUAACGCCAUGGAUCAGUAGUAAACAUAACAUGGGAAUGGCUAUUAACAGAACAACAUGGGAACAAAUAGUCCAAUGUGCUUCAUUUUUUUGCAAAUAUGACGACUACAAUUGGGAUUGGUCAUUACAGCAUAUAUCACAAAAUUGUUUAAAACAAAAAUUACACGCCAUGGUCGUUAGAGGGCCCAGAGUAUUUCAUAUUGGAGAAUGUGGUGUCCACCAUAAGAAAAACAACUGCGAAUCGACAGCAGUAGUGUCUAAAGUCCAGCAAGUCCUUAAAACCGCCAAAAGGCAUUUGUUCCCAGACUACCUCACCUUGACUUACACCACUUUAUUGAAGAAGACGAAACUUCGUAAAGGUAAUGGCGGAUGGGGCGACCACCGAGACCACAAACUUUGUAUGAGCAUGACUCUAAGGUAGUGUUCUUCACGUCAAAUUUAUACUAGUCAGAAGCUUUCUUAUGCCAUAAUGAAUUUCAAAUCAAAAUUUUAAGUUUAUUGGCAAAAAGGGUACCUAAAUAAUGUUGGUUUUUAUAAAUGUUUAUAAUUUGCUCAAAAGUGUAUUUUUUACUAUAAUUUUAACAAGGUUACAACAUUGUAAACAUGUUAUGCGCAGUAAUGUAGAAAAAUGUAAAUUUACAUACACACGAAGUAAUUUUACUGUGCCAAAAAGCAGUUUUUCUGUAAAAUUACACUUUUAAUAUUGUGUCAUAUAUAGUUUUAUAAAUGUGAUUCAUAUAACCGCGAUUAUUCUAUUUACCAUGUAUUGCCGUCUUAUUUCUUCUAAUUUAAGCCUGAUUUAUAGAUUGCCUUCCUUCCUUCCUCCCGUAGAAGAUGAACAAUACAAUCCCGUACGGGAAUCUAUAAACGCCGUUUAUUAAACGGCACUACGGUUUUCGUAUUGUUCAUCUUUUACGGGAGGAAGGAAGGAAGACAAUCUAUAAAUCAGGCAUUAACCUGU